CCCCAGCGUUGGCGCGAGAUCCGAACGUCGGCGGCAGUGGCGUUUGCUGAGGUGUCUGGAGCGUGAGCCGGCGUCCUGCCGGCUUGGUCUCCUCAGCGGCCAUGAGGCGGACAGGCCCCGAGGAGGAGGCCUGCGGCGUGUGGCUGGACGCGGCGGCGCUGAAGAGGCGGAAAGUGCAGACACAUUUAAUCAAACCAGGCACCAAAAUGCUAACACUCCUUCCUGGAGAAAGAAAGGCUAGUAUUUAUUUUACUCAAAGAAGAGCUCCAUCUACAGGCAUUCACCAGAGAAGCAUUGCUUCCUUCUUCACCUUGCAGCCAGGAAAGACAAAUGGUAGUGACCAGAAGAGUGUUUCAUCUCAUACAGAAAGUCAGCUCAACAAAGAGUCCAAGAAAAAUGUGACCCAGCUAGACCAUUUGAUCCCAGGCUUAGCACAUGAUUGCAUGGUAUCCCCUUUAGCCACUUCAACCACUGCAGACAUCCAGGAAGCUGGACUCUCUCCUCAGUCCCUCCAGACUUCUGGCCACCACACUUCUGAGCUAUCUUUGCUCCAGCCUGAUACUCUAGACUGUGCUGGAGAGAGUAAUACCCCAUUGGCUUUUUCCUUCACCGAGGACUUGGAAAGUUCUUGUUUGCUAGACCAAAAGGAAGAAAAAGGGGAUUCUGCCAGGAAAUGGGAAUGGCUUCAUGGGUCUAAGAAGAACUGUCAGAGUAUGAAGAAACACACCAAACUACCUGGGGACAAAUGCUGUCAGCCUUUAGGCAAGACUAAAUUGGAAAGAAAGGUGUCUGCCAAAGAAAACAGGCAGGCCCCUGUCCUCCUUCAAACAUACAGGGAAUCCUGGAAUGGAGAAAACGUAGAAUCAGUGAAACAAAGCUCUUGUCCGGUUUCUGUGUUUUCCUGGGACAAUGAAAACAAUGACAAGGACUCCUGGAGUCAGCUUUUCACUGAAGAUUCUCAAGGUCAGCGGGUCAUUGCCCACAACACUAGAGCUCCUUUUCAAGAUGUAACGAAUAACUGGAAUUGGGACUUAGGGCCGUUUCCUGACAGUUCUUGGGCUCAGUGCCAGGAGGAUGGGCCAACUCAAAAUCUGAAGCCUGAUUUGCUCUUUACCCAGGACUCUGAAGGUAAUCAAGUUAUCAGGCACCAAUUCUAAAUGUUUUGAAGCUUUGUUCCUAAAAGUACCUUGAAAUGACAGAGAUGUAGGAAAAUAUAGUUGUGGAUGGAGAGACGGGUGAGUUUGUUUAGGUGGGAAGGUAGCAUGGGAUGAAGUUAUCAUUACUGAGCAUCUUCCCUAUGUAAAUAAAGGGCAGUACCAUUGUUAAGACACUGGGUUUGCCAUCAUGGCUUUCCCUCAGGAAGAUGGUGGCUGAUAAAUUCCCUGAACAAGUCUAUGAUGAACACUGAGGCAGCACAGUGGGUAUUUAUCUCUCCAUGAAAGCGCCUUUUACUUAGCCUGCACAGAGCCUUCCAGAUGUCUGACUGGGACCUUGCUUAUGGAUGUGUGGGUUUUUUUUUUUUUUUUUUUUCUUUUCUCUUUUGUUUUUCUCAGAUGGAGUCUCACUGUGUUGCCAGGCUGAAGUGCAGUGGUGCGAUCUCAGCUCACUGCAACCUCUGCCUCCUGGAUUCAAGUGAUUCUCCUGCCUCAGCCUCCCGAGUAGUGGGACUACAGGCGCGUGCCACCAAGCCCAGCUAAUUUUUUUUUUUGCUAUUUUUAGUAGAGACGAGGUUUCACCGUGUUAGCCAGGAUGGUCUCCAUCUCCUGACCUCAUGAUCUGCCCGCCUCGGCCUCCCAAAGUGCUGGGAUUACAGGUGUAAACCACCGUGCCGGGCCAGAUGUGUGAACUUUUAAUCUCUGGCUGAUCUUAACCCACUUCGACCUAAGCUUGGGAUGAUUACUCUUGACCCUUAUUUUGAGUGAUUAGCAAAUCUCCCCACAACCCAGGUGUGCGCAGAAGAGAGGUAGAAUGGUGCUAGUUUCUUAUUUUAUUUUUAUGGUAACUGUACAGCACUUUAAAGUUAUAUACUCUAUGUUUAAAUAUACCCCUUAAAAAGCCUGAGCUAUAUAACAAUCUGGAUGUGACUGUGUUACCCUUUUCCCACAAGAUAGGAGGGAAUCCCCUUUGUAAAACUACGAAUCCAAAUAAAUGUUUACAAAGUGGC